GCGCGAUGCCUUGUCUACACGAUGGAAUAUCUCACGGUAUUUCGCGACUUUCUCAUUUGUGACUGCUUGUGCCAUCAGAUAUCGUAUGACCGUAUCGUAUCGCACUGCUCGAUACAGUCGCGAUCAUGCGAUGAAUUCGGUUUUCGACAUGUUGAUAUCCCCAGGAUAUCCCUUCCCCCUCCCGCUCUACUGGAAAAUGGAAGGCCGUUGUGAAUCAGCUGUUCAGUUCAGGCAGUGUUGACGCCUGGUUGACGCGAAUAGCUAUUUAGUUGUCGCCUGAGUCAUACCAAGAUCAGGAUUGAUGAGCGUGAGCUGUGGCGACGGGUAGGGAAGGGUAUUUGGGCACGAAUUGACAGGCAGAUAGUGUGUUAGGAUAUGGCUGGGAAAGGUAGUAGAAAUUGGGUUAGAAUUGAAACCGAAAUUGAAAAAAGUCGAGAAGAAGCUAACUGGAAAAGAGUUGUUGAGUUAGCAGAACAUUUAAAACAGAGGUCGACAUCCCCAGACUCAGAAUGUUUAGCCAAUUUUUUAAUUGGAGAGGGAAAGUUAGAACUAUAUUUGGAGGAAUUUCCACCUGUGGAAACAAAUAUUUUCAAGGCUCGUACUGGGUUAGCUGAAGCAAAGCAGUUUUUGAUGUUGACUGCAAGUGAACAAGGAAAGAAGGCUGGUGUGCUUCUUGACUCUAAUUUGCUACUUGGAAAAGUACAUUAUGCUAUGGGGUAUUAUCAAGAAUCUUUAAAUUUCUAUGAUCAAGCUGAGCUACAUACGCUUACAGAGAAGCAUUUGCCUAGUCGUAGUCUAAGAAUUGUAGCUGAAUCGUACGCAAUAAAAGGAUUAUGUUUAGAAAAGGUGCCACCGUCCUCAUCUUCCAAGUAUAAGCAAGCAGAGUGGGAAGAACAUCGCAUACAAUGCUUUGAAAUUGCUGGUGACUUGACUUUAUUGUAUUUACAAGAGCAGGAUAAAAUUCAGCAACAAAAUGCAAAUACUAAUACAGGAUCUUACUCGCCUCAGCCUCCUAAUCCAGAACGUCACAUUGGGCCAAUUCUAGAAACAGCAUUGCAGAGAGCACCUAUUUUACACAUUCAUGGUGGGAAACUUCAAUCUGCUGUAAAUAGAUACAGGACUAUGCUGAGUGCAGUUGAGUCAAGUGCCACUCAGAGUUUACGUCUGACUCUCACACGUCAACUGGCGGAAGUGCUCUUGCGGGGUGUAACAGGCACAGUAUACACAAGUCCAGAGAAGAGCCUUGAUGUUGGUCCAAAAAAAAAUCAAUCAGGCCACAUGUCCAGUGUUGGAAGUCCUUGGAAACCAAGGAAGUAUGCAGGUUUAAAUCUGUUUGUGCCAAGGAAUGCAAAUGAAGAAAUAAUUUUGUUGCUUCUUAUCAGUGAAGCAAUGGCCGUAAGAGAUGCUGUUUUGAGUCAGUCGCCAGAAUUCAAAGAAGUGAGAAUUCAUGCAUUUGAUAAUGCAACGGCCAUAUAUGACCUUUUGACUAUUGCUUUGGUUCGAUGGGGUCAUGUGGAUUUACUGCAUGAAUCAUUUGAACGAGCUAUGAAGUUUUCCUUUGAAGAACCCCAUGUGUGGAUGCAGCAUGCCUUAUGUCUUGUUUCCAUGGGCAAUUAUUGCCAUGCAGUGAAUGUUCUGAAAGAAGUAUCGAGAUUAUUACCUACCAAAGUGAUGCCCUGUCUAUUUGCUGCUCAGUUAUGUUAUGAGCACCUGAAUCAGCUUUCAGAAGGGAUUGAAUGGUGUCAAAAAGCGCUGACCAGAGAAACAAACAAUUCACAGAACCUUGCAUCUCGUUGUCACCUAUAUUUGGGAAUUGGCUUCAGCCUUCAAGCUGCAAGUACUCACUUGAAACAUAAGAAACAAAAACUCAUUGCUAGUGCCUUGGAAUCUUUUCACAAGGCACAGCAGUCAGACCCUAAUGACCACCUCUCAGAAUAUUAUUUGGCUCUCCAGUAUGCACAAGGAUCACAAAUCCCAGAGGCCAUGUGUCAUGUGAAGAUGGCACUCAACUUACGGCCUGAGCAUGUUCCUUCUCUUCAUCUUCUAAUUUUGCUACUGUCUGCUCAGAAGCAACAUGUGGAAGCUCUGCAGCUGACUGAUGCGGCUCUGGAGGAAUACCCAGACAACCUCAAUUUACUCUACGUUAAAGCACAUUUGGAAUUGCAGUCGCAAGGGGGAGAAUUGGCCUUGUUAACCGCCAAACAUAUGCUUGCACUUUGGAAAACCUUAUAUGAAGACCAGACAAAUGGAGAAUUGGGAGACCAUUCAGAAAAAAGAAGUGAUACAAGAAGUGUUUUUCAGUUAUAUACUUCAGAGAUGUCUGAUAAAGAUUCAAGUUCCCUACAUGCUCACUCUUUGGCAGCAUCUCGAGUUGAGCAAGCUCUGUCUGAAGUAGCUUCAUCUUUGAGUUCAUUCACUCCACGACCAGGACCUCAAAGAGCUUGGAUACUUCAGCUUCAAAUUUGGUUAUUACUUGCUGAGAUCUAUCUUUCUCUAGACCAGGAAGCUGCUGCUACUGCUUCAAUUCAAGAAGCAAGUUCAAUUUUUCCAUUAUCUCAUCACAUAAUGUAUAUGAGAGGUUUGAUCCACGAGUACAAAAAAGAAUUUGUUGAAGCCAAACUUUGCUUCCAAAAUGCAAUAGCUAUAAAUCCAACUCAUAUAAAAAGCUUACAGCAUUUGGGAUUAAUUUAUCAUUACCUUGGAAGUCAAAGGUUAGCAGAAAAAACUCUUAGGGACGCAGCAAAAAUAGACCCAGCUUCUCAUCAAACAUGGUACAAUCUCGGCCGCGUUCUCGAGUCUUUGAAUGAAUUUGAACUGGCAAGUGACUCAAUGGCCACUGCAUUGGAAGUGGAAACAUCAAAUCCAAUUCUUCCAUUUACUUCCAUUCCAUUGACAUUUGAAUAGUUUGAAUCUAGUAUAUUGAUUGUUGAAUGGUUAUCUGAUCUUCUGUAUCUAUAAUAUGUUGUAUGGUUAUUUGAACUUGUGUUGUAUAAUUUGUUAAAUGCCAAUUGGCAUCUCCUAAAUGAAUUAUUUUUUAGAAAAUUUGUGUCUAUAUUUAUUUUAUCCUGUUAGAAUUGUUUAUAUCUCUAGCUCUUUAUUAGAAUGGAAAAAUUUGAAUUGAAGAAGGGGAGAUAACAAGCUAUUAGUAUCACAAUCUUGAACAUAUAUUUCUGUGAAACAGAGCAGUGUUGCUUAUUAAUGAAAAGCAGGAUUCUUUAUCAUUUUUGUUACAUGGACUCCUGUGACAGUAAUGCUGAGGUCACUGACACACGCCUCAAAAUAGUAUUGUUUAAUGCCGAAACUAAUCAAUUCAUGGAGCUAUUGUCAACUAGAAGCCAAAUGUAAUUAAAGGAAAAUAUGUUAGUUCAUCAAAAUCCUACUGCAUCUUCAAAAAGUUCAAGAUAAAGCUCUAAUUAUUUUUCUCCCCCGGGUUGUUCUUUUUGUUCCUUAGCAUGUGAAAACUGUUUGAUUUAGCAUCAAAACGUUUCUGUUACGCCAUGGCAAAAAUAGUUUCAGAAUCAGUUCCUACAACUUAUUGAGAAGCAAUGAAUGAAUGUAAUCAUGAAUGGAAAUAAGUGAUAAAGAGAGAAUCAAAAGGUUUAGAAAACUACUAGCAAACUUUGAAUGUAAUUGAUCAACAUGAAGUGAUGGUGAACAAAAUAUUAUAAUGAAAAUUGUUUUUUAAGAAAAUAUAAACUUAAGGUGGCAUUAGAUCUGAAACAUGACAUGGAUGAAGCAAGUAAUUGGAAUGGAAUGUUCAUGCAGACCCUUAAUGAAAUUUAAAACUUUUUCUAUCCUACUUUCUAUAGUUGCAAUGAAUGAUUACUUUGUUAAAAAUGUAGUUUAGGGUGGCCCUUAUAUUGCAAAAAAUUGCUAAUUAGUUUGAGCUCACCCCCGAAUAUUUUCCAUUGGAUCAAAUGUACACAAAAAUAAAAUUGCAUCUCAAUAGGCCAAUAUCAAUUGUGCAGACUUAAGCAUGAAAGUUGAGUGGAAAACUACUGAUACAUGUUUAAUUUAUAAUUUUAUUUUAGAAUUUAAUUCAUUUUCACUCUUCAGACUGUGCUAUGGUUUUUACUUUUCUUGUGUUUUUUAUGUUUCUUGUAAUAUGGGUACAAUGAACCAUGUUCUUCAACAACAGAACAGAAAUGCUUUCACUCCUCAUCUACUGUCAGUAGUGCAUGAAAAUCUUGCAUUAACUUAAGCCUUUUCAGCGCAGUUAUUCACAGCUUUCAACUUUAUAAAUAUCUUUUGAUCUUCUAAAUACCAAAAUUUGCUUGUCCAGAUUGAAUGACAUUCUGGAAUAAAACUAGAAUUCAUCUUCAGGAAAGAGAACCAAUAUCUGCUUUUGGUUGAGACAAAGACAGCUAUUGUUUACAAUGAAAUGAAAGUUGAAUUGAAUUAGGUGAUGUGUUGUAUAUUAACGAAUUAAUAAUUAAAGAACUGUCAUUGGAAUAUAAUUGCGAUUACCAUAUUAUUAUUCUCCAUUCAAUUUUCCACAAUGGUUUCACAUGGUUACAA